GGCGGUGACAAUGGGAGCGGCGCGGGCGGCGCCGGGAGGCAGCUGACAGGCGUUUGCGGCUCCGCUUCAUGGCCGCUCUCCCGCGCAGCCUGCGCUGUGUGAGGACCCGGGCGGCCCGUGGCCGUCCGCAGCCGGGGCCGGAGGCGGGAGGCCGAUCUGGGACGUGCGAGCCGCGCCGCUGAGGCGCAGCAUGUGAAGCGGAGACGGCCUCGAACGCGGGGCGAGCCUCUCAGCCGGCCGGCAUGGCCACGACGGCCGAGCUCUUCGAGGAGCCUUUUGUGGCUGAUGAAUACAUCGAGCGUCUGGUGUGGCGAACCCCAGGAGGUGGUUCUAGAGGUGGAUCUGAAGCUUUUGAUCCCAAAAGGUUGUUAGAAGAAUUUGUGAAUCAUAUUCAAGAACUUCAGAUAAUGGAUGAAAGAAUUCAAAGGAAGGUGGAGAAGUUAGAACAGCAGUGUCAGAAGGAAGCUAAGGAAUUUGCUAAGAAGGUACAAGAGCUCCAGAAAAGCAAUCAGGUUGCCUUUCAACAUUUUCAAGAAUUAGAUGAGCACAUUAGCUAUGUAGCCACAAAAGUGUGUCACCUUGGAGACCAGUUAGAAGGGGUAAACACACCUAGACAACGAGCGGUGGAGGCUCAGAAAUUGAUGAAAUAUUUUAAUGAAUUUCUAGAUGGAGAAUUGAAAUCUGAUGUUUUUACAAAUUCUGAAAAGAUAAAGGAAGCAGCAGACGUCAUUCAGAAGCUGCAUCUGAUUGCCCAGGAGUUACCUUUCGAUAGGUUUUCAGAAGUAAAAUCCAAAAUUGCAAGUAAAUACCAUGAUUUGGAAUGCCAACUGAUUCAGGAGUUUACUAAUGCCCAAAGAAGAGGAGAGAUCUCCAGGAUGAGGGAAGUAGCUGCAGUUUUACUUCAUUUCAAGGGUUAUUCCCAUUGUAUUGAUGUUUAUAUAAAGCAGUGCCAGGAGGGUGCUUACUUGAGAAAUGAUAUAUUUGAAGAUGCAGCAAUACUCUGUCAGCGAGUGAACAAGCAAGUUGGAGAUAUCUUUAGUAAUCCAGAAGCAGUACUGGCUAAACUUAUUCAGAAUGUGUUUGAAAUCAAACUACAGAGUUUUGUGAGAGAUCAGCUAGAAGAAUGCAGGAAAUCGGACGCUGAGCAGUAUCUCAAAAGUCUCUAUGAUCUGUACACCAGAACCACCAGUCUCUCCAGCAAAUUGAUGGAGUUUAACUUAGGUACUGAUAAACAGACUUUCUUGUCUAAGCUUAUCAAAUCCAUUUUCAUUUCCUAUUUGGAGAACUAUAUUGAAGUGGAGAUUGGAUAUUUGAAAAGCAGAAGUGCUAUGAUCCUACAGCGCUAUUAUGAUUCAAAAAACCACCAAAAGAGAUCCAUUGGCACAGGAGGUAUUCAAGAUUUGAAAGAAAGGAUUAGACAACGUACCAACUUACCACUGGGGCCAAGUAUUGAUACGCAUGGGGAAACUUUCCUAUCUCAAGAAGUGGUCGUUAAUCUUUUACAAGAAACCAAACAAGCCUUUGAGAGAUGUCAUAGGCUUUCUGAUCCUUCUGAUUUACCAAGGAAUGCCUUUAGAAUUUUUACCAUUCUUGUGGAAUUUUUAUGUAUUGAGCAUAUUGAUUAUGCUUUAGAAACGGGGCUUGCUGGAAUUCCAUCAUCAGAUUCUAGGAAUGCAAAUCUCUAUUUUUUGGAUGUUGUACAACAGGCCAAUACUAUUUUUCAUCUUUUUGACAAACAAUUUAAUGAUCACCUUAUGCCACUAAUAAGCUCUUCUCCCAAGUUAUCUGAAUGCCUUCAGAAGAAAAAAGAGAUAAUUGAGCACAUGGAGAUGAAAUUGGAUACUGGCAUCGAUAGGACAUUAAAUUGUAUGAUUGGACAGAUGAAGCAUAUCUUGGCUGCAGAACAAAAGAAAACGGAUUUUAAGCCAGAAGAUGAGAACAAUGUUUUGAUUCAGUAUACAAACGCAUGUGUAAAAGUCUGUGUUUAUGUGAGAAAACAAGUUGAGAAGAUUAAAAAUUCCAUGGAUGGGAAGAAUGUGGACACAGUUCUGAUGGAACUUGGAGUUCGUUUCCAUCGGCUUAUUUAUGAGCAUCUUCAACAAUAUUCCUAUAGCUGUAUGGGUGGCAUGUUAGCAAUUUGCGAUGUAGCUGAAUAUAGAAAAUGUGCCAAAGACUUCAAGAUUCCAAUGGUAUUACAUCUUUUUGACACUCUGCAUGCACUUUGCAAUCUCCUGGUCGUUGCUCCAGAUAAUUUAAAGCAAGUCUGCUCAGGAGAACAGCUUGCCAGUCUGGACAAGAACAUACUUCACUCCUUCGUACAACUUCGUGCUGACUAUAGAUCUGCCCGCCUAGCUCGACACUUCAGCUGAGUGAAGUUACAAAGGAAAUGUGUUCUAUUUCGGAAGGCCUCGGAUGGUAGAAAGCACAGGAGAUUCCUUAUGACACAGCCAAUAUUUUACAGAAAAAAAAAUGACUGGAAGAAAACAGCAGCCAUACUUACCCAGGAAUUUUAUUUGAAAUUUGGACACCACUAGCUAUAUUUGCUUUUUAUCUUUUCCCUAUUACAUUGAAUUCCAUGCUUUAAUUUAUAAAUUUCAAAUUAUAUAAACCUGUAUGUGACUGUUAUAAUCCUGAAAAGCGUUGGUGUCAGAAGCUGAAUGAAAUUUCACCAGUGUGCUGGUCCUUGAUCUUGAACUUAUUCUAUCUGGAAAUCUUAGCGUCCUAUUUGCAUUAAAAUAGGUGAAGUGCAGUAAAACUACAUUUCUUAUUUAUUAGUUUUUCAGUUAACUUUUUAGCACUGGUGAUUGAAGAACUUGUUACAACUCAAAAGGACCAGAGUGGAGCGUCAUUUCUAUAGGUGGUUGGGGCUGUUCUCUGAGGUACAGCAACGCUAGCCCAGGACUGUCUCAAGUAGAUGUUAGAAACAGAUCAGAGUAGAUCUACUUUCUGGGUAAAACUUAAAGUUUACUGUUUCUUAUUUGAUAAAUAGAUUUUAAGCCGUAGAUCUACUUUCUGGGUAAAACUUAAAGUUUACUGUUUCUUAUUUGAUAAAUAGAUUUUAAGCCAAUUAAUUAGCAAGAUGUUAAUGAAACCUUAUUUUAUAUUUAACUUAAGGUGGAAUACUUUAAAGGACCAUGUUUGUUAUUUUAGUACUCUGAGUAAAAAGUGACUUAUGGUGUAAACCAUGUUUAUGAAAGAUAGCAACAUGUUUAGCCACAGUGCCGUCAGUCCCUUAAGACCAGCCUUGAAUGAGAUGGGAUAGCUAAACAUGCAGUCAUCUUCUAUUCUGAGAGGAAUUGAGAGUUUCAGGCAAUAAAUAAAUAGUGUAUAUUCCAAGUCUGGAGGCAAGCUUACAGCCAAAGCCGGUCUUUCAGAUCUGAAGAUUCUUUCAUUGUCCAUUUUCAAGGCAUUUCUGAAGUUAUUCCUAUUUGAAUAUUAUUAAUUGAAUUGGGUUAAUAUGACAAACUAAUAAAUAACUCACAAAAAUUUAAACAUCGUAUAAAAAUGUAGAAAGGCCAUUGUUCUAUAAACCCUAUUAACUUAUUCUGUGAGAGUAUGUUCUAAGUUAUACAUAGUGGAUUCUUCAUGGUCUCUAGGACCCAGGGAAGCUGUAAUGUUCAGUUCAUUCAUAGCAUUCUUUUCUCUUAAUGUAGGGUUUGGCCUAAUUGGGUGAAGCUGUCUCUUUCUACUGAGAACCUCACUCUGAAUAGUUGUCAGCAUUUCCAGCUGUCUAGUCCAGAACUAGCUACUGUACAAAUUACUGUUGACUGGAUUUUCAUUUUCUAUUUAGCCCAGUGUUACAAAGGUAAGCAAGGACAAUGAGCACGCCAACUUUUGUCACUUUUAUAGGACAUUGUGGCAGGUUCAGAGGUUUUCCAGGUAACGAUCCUCAGACAAGGAGAGCCAGAGCAGCUUCUAGGUCCGAGAAAGCUCUGUGCUUGUACUGCUGCCACUUUAGAGAACACUGCUGUGGAUUCAGAUCAUACCUCUGUUAGUGAAGCCAACAGUUUAAGGCAGGAGUUUACUGGCCAUUUGAACUCUUUGUACAGUGUCAAUUUGUAAAAAAAGAAGAAAAAAAUCAAAUAAAACAUGAGAUAACAUUUUAAGACUUCCAAAUCAGAGAAGUACUUCAAAUUAUUUUGUUUGGAAUAAUUUUUAAAAAUGUAAAGCAGUUACUUGUUGCUUGGAUAUUUUGUUAAUUAUUAUUUCCAUGCUUGAGUUCUGUGCAAUAUUUUCCAUUAUGUCCACUAACAGGACAAAGAAAAUUCAAAGUGAAUACCUUAUUUAAAAGUGUUAAUUUCAUGCUCAAUAAACAAAUUCCCUGCAGUUGUUUUUUUUUAAUCUUACCAUAUUUUUACAUUUUAAGGACAUCCAUAAUGAAUUAUACAUUUGAUUUUUUUACUGACAGUAUUCCUUAUUUUUCAUAGCUUAGGUAUCUCCCUUUUUUAGUAGAAAAGAACAUGACUGUAUAAUCAAGCUAGAAUAGGGUGUUUCUCUAAAGAAAUAAAAAGUGUGUUGUAUAAACCAGUAUACAUUCUUUGCAUCUCACUUUUAAAGUAUUUACAUGUAUGGGCAUCAUAAAAUUUAGUUCAAAAUGUAUAACUCAGAAGAGACUGUCAGUAGAUAAAAUGCUUCUAUACAUACCUGGGAAAUUUUUGGUUAGACAUAGUGGAGCUUAAUAACUGACUAAAAUUUAAAUAAGAAUCUUUCCACAGUUCUGUGUGAACUCAUGUAAUAUUUAGGUAUAAAUAUUUAAUUUGAAGUUUGCUCCAAAAUGCUGAAAAUUGUUUGUCUGAACUUGGGUGUCUUAUAUGAGAUGCAGAGCAUAGACUAAGGAAGACUAGCCUAGGAAUUACUGAAAAUGAGAGCACACGAGUCCUUAUGCAUGGGUUUAGAAUGGCCCCCGAAUUAAUUAGAAGUGAUAGAGUACAUGAUGAGCCCUGAUCAGGAAUUAUUAGAUAGUAGUUAGAUGGACGGAUUUUUAGAAUAUGACCAUGUAGCCAUUCCAAGACAAUUAAUUACUGACACUUAGGCGUGCCAUUCCUGUGAGCCCCGGGGUCUUCCUUGUUUUAAAAAGUGCUGCUAGCAUAGGUUAAAGUGGGUUAAAUUAAAACUUAAAGCAGGUAAUUUGUGUUAUAUUUUCUUUGUUCUUUCCAUUUUUCUUUCUUUUACUUCUAAAUAUUUUACUUUCUGAAUACUACCUUUCUUAUACACAGUGAAAUAAUUAUCAGCCAAUAGAUUGAUUCAAAGUAGAGAAUGUACUGCUUCCUUGAGAUGUUUCUCUCUACAUUGGUUCACAUCCAGAUGAAGGGGUAUUGACUCCUGAAAUGCCACUGAACCUCAGAGCGGUCAUGUUUAUAAGGCUAAGACAUGCUUGAAUUGUUGGUGGAUGAGUAAGGGGUACUCAAAUGUAUGCCUGUUGUGACCAGAAAAGCUUUUGUCUCCUGAUUAACAUGGUGUUCUUACAAAAAUAUCCUGUCAUUGCCCACACUGUCCACUGACUUUUCAUGGGUGUGAGAUAUUUUUCAGAAGCCUCCCCACCCCCUGCACUUUAUUGAUUACUAACAGAGGCUUUGGUAUACAAAGUACUCUGAUUUAUCCAAUUCACUGAAUUGCAUUCAGUUACCUUAUUACUCUACUCGAGAAGGCUUAUCCUACAAUUUACUGCAUAUUUUGGGAAAGAAAACUAGUACAUAUCAUUAUGCCGGAUAAUUUUGAAUGAAGUAAAAAUAGCAAUUUAAAAUUUUAAUGAAUAGUAAAGGUAAUUCUAUCCAUUUAUUGGACUUAAAUCUCAUGUAUUAUGCGAAGUCCUUUGCAUAUAUUAUUGAUUCCAGAGUAACUGUCAUUUGGGUACUAUUAUUUCUGUAUGACAGAUGAAAAACCUAAGGCAUAGAACAGGUAAGGAGACCUUCAAAGUCUAUAAGCUGACAUGGGCUCAGACUUAAAUCUCAUAUAAUGAGAAUGAAUAAUGUCUUUUUAUAAUUUAUCUUGUAUUUUUUCUUAUUUGUGUAACAUUAUGUAUAUUCCUUAUUUUGAUAGCCUCAAUAGUUUUACUUAAUUUCCUUCUCAUCCAGUGUUUGAUUCUCACUGUGAAGAUUAGAUAAUGGAGUUGGAAUAUAGUAUGUGUAUCAAGCUACUGUUGAAUUUUUAAAAAUAUGUUCAGUGUGUAGUCAUACUUUCUCAAUUGGUGUUUAAAGUUAUGUAAGUAGUCAUGAAAUUUUAAUUGAACUUUAAGUUUGUAUUUAAUGGAAACCUGCCUAUCACAGAGGUUUCCUUUAGUGAAAAUAUUGUUUCUGCUUAAUGAUUUUAAUAGUAGAGUCUAGGUAUUUCAUAAAGUUUUUGAAUUUUCUACUUUCUGAGAUUAUAAUUGCAUAACUUCCCUCUUCCCUCCUAACCUUCCCAUUUACCCCUCCUUGCUCUCUUUCAAAUUUUUGUCAGCCCAGAAAACACACAUACAAAUACCAUUACAUAGACUGAAUAAGUUAUAAUUACAUAUUAGGAAUAUGUGUAUAUACAACAUGCAUCUGCUCAUAUAAUUUUUUAUAGCAUGGGAAAAAUAAUAACUCCCUAUUAGGAGAUACAAAGAAAUCAGUAUUUUUACAUUCAAAAAUAGAUUAUUUUGAAUGGCUGGCUUGCUGAUUCUGUUAGCUGUUUAAUGUAUCAAUAGUCUUGAAAUGGCUAGUUCCAGAAUGAAAUUGUUGGACAAAAAAGUAGUUUAUUAAUAAUUUGUAAUUAUUAGAAUUUUCAUUGGUGAAUGGAGCUGGUAACCCUGGACUUAACUAAGUACAUAGUUUUAAACUAGGCACUGCAUAUUUUAUCGCUACUAUUUGGUGAUAUUACUUGGUGUAGGUAUCAAUAAAUGUUUGCUUUUUUGACUAAAUAUCCAUUCGAAGCAAAAAAGACACGCAAUUAAACACAGUUGCUCAUUUUCUCAGUGAUUUAGAAGGUUGCCAUCUGCCUUAAUGUGCAAAGCCAAUUUAAAUAGGAAUAUAUCGUAUUGUACUCCAAAUAGCAAACAACCUCAGAAGAAAGGCAUUAUUAGGAAGGCCUAGGUUUGUGCUGGGCAGCAGUGAGGCAUUUCAAAUGUAUAAUUAUUUGCACUAAUAUUUGAGCAGAUGGAAUGGAUUAGAAUAUAGUCAACAUUAUUUUGCUGACAUGUAUUUUCAGUUAAUAUGUAUUAUGCAACAUGUGUUAAAGCUGUCAAUAAUUCCUUUUAGCCAGGAUACUAAUAUUUAUAUUACUGUGUUUAAGAGGCAGUAUCCAACUGAGCCACUUCUAAUUAAAAUUAAAAACUCUGAGACCAGAAUUAUGUUUACAUUCUAGAAAGCACUUAACUUACUUAACUUAGAUCAGUAAAACAGAUUUAUCAAUGCCUGCUACUUAAUAGAAGAAAACACAGAGGAUUGAGAUUGGAAGUAGGAAUCUAGAAUGAGAAAGCUGAAGGUUCAUUUAUACUCAUAACUUUUGUCACUAUUGGCAAUCUUAAAUGAAGAAAAGACCCUUCCAUAAUAUCUUUAUAUUAGUAAGCUAGGCGAAGAUGAGUAGAACCUGUUCAAUAGGACUGAUCUAAGGAGAACUUCCAAAUUGUAGGUUGAAUUUGACAGAGUGGGUAACCCUGACGCCCCUGUAAUUGUAAGUAGGCAAAUGCCCUCCCAUCAGGCCUGACAGUCUUUUUUUGUCCUGUGGUAAUCUCGGUUUCUUUGAACUCUGGUCUUUUAUUGUAGCACUUCUGUCAAAUGUGCAGCUUUUACUAUAGAGGCCCCCGGUUAGAAAUCCAGACACAGUACCAACCUAAAGAAGACUGGGACUACCUCUGCAUAUAUUGUUUGUAAAUAUGGUAGGGACAUGCAUGAAAUUGUGUGAAAAUACGUUAUAAGUAUCUUCCGAAGUGCCUAUUAGGAUUCUCCAGCAGAAUGUAUUUUUCAUUUUUACCACAAGGGGGUGAUGUUAUUUUUAUAAUGAUAGCUUAUUUUUAUUUAUAAAAUACAAUUCAUAAACUUUA